UCUUUCAGGGCUUCAGUCCUGCAGGCGAUUUGAAUGUGCUCUUUUGCAAUUGGCUGUCCGCGGACUGCAUCUGGUGCACAGUGUGGUAGACUGCGCCGCACUGCGGUCUCUGGACGCAACUGAUGCUCCUGGUUUUGAGAUGAGGUGGUGUCACUUUUGUGUCUUUUGAGUAAAGUGUUUCGAAAUAUAAUUGGCGACCUUGAGAAGUACGGGACGAAGAGACAUGCAUGCUUUAUAGUUGGCCCAGUCCCAGAAUCCUCUUUGCUGCCCCACUCUUGAUGGCCUCCAAAGUCCCUUAACAGGAAAACUGAGCCCAAAUCCACCGUGCCAAUUGAUGCUGCACAGCCACACAUUUCCUUGGAACCAUGGAGGCCGUGGACGUACCCGUAGGGAACCUCAUUGACUUUGACUCCGAACCUUCCACCACCGAUACUUCCGAAUCCAUCCCCCCUCCUUCUCUUCCCGCGCCCAAUAGCAAUGGCUUGCUGGACCAGCUGGAAGACGACGCAACUGCCGUGGCCGAGGAGAGCGAUGCCACUGAAUCCGCAGACAGUGAGAACGACACGACGGACUCACCCACGCACCACAGCUGGAACAACCACCGCCGGUCUUCUUCGGAGUCCUAUUCAUCCAAUCAGAGCACAGAAUCCGCCAAGGAUGAGGUGACAGCCGAAAACCGGGAGUUCAUUAGGCAGUAUGUGGAAAAGAUCUUCACGGGUGGAGAAGAAUUUGACCAGGAGGAGAAGGCAAAGUUCGGGGAACUCUGCAGCGGGGAGAAUGCGAAAGGCAGGGAAUGGUUUGCAAGAUACGUCAGUGCUCAGCGCUGCAACUCCAAGUGCGUCUCGGAGCAGACCUUCUACCGGCUGGUGCAGUCUUUUGCUGUGGUGCUCUUUGAGUGUUAUCAAAUGGACGACUUCAGCCCUGCUAAGAACCUCAUGACCAUGUGCUUCACUUACUACUAUAUUGGCAAACUGCAAGCCCUGCCCUCCGAGUCCAAAGAGAAGCCCACCGGGAGCAUCGAUUCCUACCUGAGGUCUGCAAACAGCUGGCUGGCCGAGAAGAAAGACAUUGCGGAACGGCUCCUGAAGAACACCAAGUCUGAGAACAUGAAAGGCUUUUUUGGCAGCUUCGAGUCCAAGCUGAAAUCUCCCAUUGCCAAGAAAAACGAGGAUGGAGAAGAGAAGCCGAAAGAGAGAAUCCAGAAGUCAGUUUCUCUGUACACUCCAGAGGAGGAGGAAGAAAAGACAGGAGAGAAGAUCUAUCUGUACACACACCUGAAGCAGCAGCCCAUCUGGCACACUCUGAGAUUUUGGAAUGCAGCUUUCUUUGAUGCGGUCCACUGCGAGAGGCGCAAGCGGUCUCCCACCACCAGGGAGAAAUGGUGCCACAUGACUCAGGAGGAACGAGAUGACAGCUUGCGGUUUAACGAGAACAUCACCUUUGGACAGCUGGGCACCUUCACCCACAACAUGCUGGCUUUCGGACUGAAUAAGAAGCUAUGCAACGAUUUCUUGAAGAAGCAGGCAGUCAUUGGCAAUUUGGAUGAAGAGCAGUACAAACUUCUGAGCGAUCACAUUGAACAAAUGGCCACCGAGUAGCAACGCAACCUGCCUGCUGCAUCAGGGACUCGAGUGCGGAAGCCAGUGAGGGCGGAAGGGUGGAAAACCCGUCUGAGACUACCAGAAAGCUAAGACAAGCUUUAAAAAAACAAAAUAAUAGAAUAACCAACCUACUGCAAUAAACCUGCAUGAUCGUCAUCCAACUGUGUAGAGCUGCUCCCGGCAGCCCGUAGAUAUUAGGAGCUCGACCAUCCAAGACUCCCACCUGGUUCUGCUGCUGCCUCCUUUCCUUAAAGUCUCCUCGCAUUGACUACCUGAAUAGUGUUCUGGGAGAAUCUUCUGUCUGCGAGGUAGACAGAGCGAGUAACUGCAGGAGAGCCUGUAGAAGCGGAAAGCUGGACUUCCGAGGGGUCCACCUCCCUUGGCAGUGUUGCCGGACUUUACUCUCUGGUUUGUGCUGCUCCACUUUUGAUAGCAGACAGCUGGUAAGCUUGAACAUGUGUGCAAGGGAUGGGCAGAAGCUGCUGGAGAAAGCCAAGGCCUCAACAGGUAAGGAAGCCUGGUUCCUGGAGGAGAAACAGGAACACCAGCAGGCAAAGAGGUUUGCUGUAGGCCCUGCAUGUGGAGGCUCGGGGGCAGGUCCAAAGAGGUGGCCUCGUAUCUUCCCCACCCACUUGAGUGUGUGCAUAAGUUUGCAAGGAUAUUUCAAGGAGCCUUUCGCUGGGCCGUUUCUCUUGGCCGGUUUUCUAUUGGCCGAAUCCUUGCUGUGAAGCAGAGGUGCAGAAGAGCCCCGACAGAGCUGUCGAGAGGGUUUGGAGAUCUUUUCAAACGGAUCCGUGUUUCCGGCGGAUCCCUGCUAGAAGUUAAGAGGGAGGCCUGACCCUGGAGUGCCCCUCUACGUAUCUCUGGCAGUGUUUAUUCCGAGCCGUAUUACAUUUCUCUCUGUGUCAUGUGAAUCUCCUGGAGUCGUCACUGUGGCGUUUUUUGAGUGGCAGCCCUGCAGAAAAUAGCCACGAGGUAUUGCCAUUUUUCAACCCUAAGUUUAACAAAAGCAGAGGCAGGGCGUUUCCGUGGUGACUUUGGGGGCUUUUGCGUAGGCUGCUCUGGGGGCGCCUUCAUGAGAGUCCAACUGCUGCUCACAUGAUCAUGUUUGAACAUGAGUUGAGGGGUGGGACGUUUAAGGGACAUUUCUUGGCACAUCCUGCUGGAAUCCACUUUGCCAAAACUUCCAAGAGGAUGUGGUUAAAUUAUACCCUCAAGUUUUGACCUCAAGAUUGCUUCGAUCCCAGUUCGUGGCAGCUGUCCUCUUCCAUAGCAAUUCCCCCCUCCAUUUUUCUUGCCCUUGGAUACUGUUUCAGAGUAUACUGGUUUGUGUGAAUCCAGAGUUAUCAGUGACUACUGGUACAGUGGAAGUACGUAUACUGCUUGGCUUCCUGGAGGGAGAGGUAGUAAGUAAAGGGCUGCUUUGUUUGUGUGUGUUUUUCAGGAACUCCACAAAUUUACGUUUUCCUUCCAGUUGUAUUCAUGCACCUGUAACUUCUCUUGCAACCAGUAGAGGGUACCCAAGAACAGGUUUAGGAAUUCAUACACCUUGCCUUGCUGUGACAAGUUCAGGAACAGAGUGUGAUAUUUUUGGAGUUGCAGCAGUGGCGCAGCAGAACCUGUUGAAAUUCUCCCUGUUGUGCUACUGUUAAAGGCACAGGUAGUAUCUUUCCAGGUUCAGUGCUGAGAAAAAACUACUUGACAGGCAACCCUUAAUCAUCUCUGGAACCUUCAGACAUCCUGCUAGGAUUUUUCCCUGUUGCAGAGGAAGGUGAGAUUAAUACCCCCCUUUCCAGUUGCAAAGCAAAACAAAUAUGCAAAAUCUCAUGAGCUUCGUGGCUUGGCAGGAACCUCUUUGCAACACGUCCUUCUGCAUCUGUCAUGGGCUCCCAGUUGGACUCUUCAUGUUUGCAAAGUCAGUCACGUGGGGUGGGAAACUGUCUCUGCCUCCAGCCUGUGGAGGCUGCAGGGCCAUAUAUUUAACUCUAUGCAUAUUGUCACGUGGUGAUACCUUAAUCCCUCCAGGACUCUUGUAAUAAGUGCUGAUGUGAACUUUUCCCUCCUGGAUUCCAUUAUUUAUUUGGAAGGAGAAAAGCACUGAGCCACCAGGGAACUCAGACUACAGUCUCUGUCCCAAGCUGUGUCACUAAGUGUGAAUGGAUGUUGUCUGCGUGAAAGUGGACGUAUUUAUUGCAUCUCCGGGAACUGCUGGUUUGAGAUGCUUUUUUUUGUCUAGUAUUCCAUUUCUUGCAGGGGACAGGAGAUGGGGGGCGGGGGGGAAGUCCACUGCUUUUCUCGUUCUUCUAGCCAAAAGCUGGGGCCGGAAAGAGCCCCAUCUCCAGCCGUAUAUCCGUUCGUUCCUUUUCCUCUGCUGAAUUUUUGUUACUGUGUCAUCUUGUGUAUCUUUCCUCUUCCUCCCAAUAAAGCGCUGUUUUUUCUUCUUAGUAGUAUUAUUAGUAGUAGUAUUUAGCAAUGAAAAAUCUCCGUUGGUUUUGAAAACCUUGGACCCUUCUAAUAUAAUUAUAAACCAAGUAUUUCAGUGUACCAUUUGUGGCUUUCACUGGCGUUCAAAAUACUCUAUUUGACAUAUUUUUAUAUAUUAUAUAUGAUGAUAGAUAUCGCUCUUCAUCCAAGUUCCGUUCUUUGAUACCACGUGCUGCCAUGUUCUGGUGCGUCGGGUGCAGUUGUUCGGCGGCUGAUGUGUUGUACUGAGACUGUGUGAUUGUACCCUUUUGUGGAAUAUUGCUGUUUUAAAACAUGCAUUGAGAGCACAUCAAGUUUUGGUUAUGAAAGGAUGUGGGGAAAUGAAUAUGUGGAAUAAAAACCUUUUUAAAACCCUCA